AUGACAUUUUUUCAUUUUGUCAAUUGCGUUGUCUUGUCAUAUGCGCCAUAUUUUAUCGCGUAUAGGUAUUCUGGUUUAUCUGAAUAUUGCUCCAUUUGGAAAUGUACUUAUGCAGUGCUAGCGUAUUUGUUAACUCAACUCGGAAAAAUGUUGGUUCUUGCAACUUUUUUUCCAACAAGUGAUUUUGAUGGGUUUGACAUGAUACCGGAAGUAAUGAAAGCAAGUGCGGAUAUUUUUGAUGUAAUGGGUUUGCACACAGUGAUCGUUUAUCUUAUGGCAGGUAAAAGUGAAGUUCGAUUUCUUACUGUUGGUUUAGGUUGGGCCUUUGCGCACAGUGUUGCCACUAGAUUAGUUGGCCUUUGGGUGGGUGCUCGAGCAACUUCAUUUCACUGGAAAUACAUUCAGAUGGCACUAGACUCUAAUAUUGAUCUCGUUUUCUAUAUUGCAAUGGCGGCAUUGGUUUGGUUAUUUACUCGUAAUGACUUACGAUCCGGAAUGAGACGAGUUGUUGUCUUACUGAUCACUUUGUGUGUAUUUCAUGAAUUCAUAGAGCAAGCGUGUGCGAUAUACUUGGGUUUUCGAUCGUGGACAUUGCUUGGACUAAAAGCGGCUCUAACUACAGGACUUGCUACAGGAACGCUACUAGCGUAUGCAUCUCUUGGUUCACAUUCCAUGUACCAUCGCAGUUAA